UUCGGACAAACUCGCUGGUUACCUGUCGUAUAUCUCCAUGACCGCUUCUUAAAUGUUUUGACGGCUAAAACAAAACAAUGAAACAACCUGUUACAACUUAAACGUCUAGUGAGAUCAAGAGAACAUAAAUCUUCCUAAGCCGCCGUAAAUAUUUAAGAGAAGAAGGACGAUGUUAUUUCAAAUGCUGCCUUGACUAAUUUGUCAAGUCUUGUUUUCUUGACUUCAGCCUCUUGUUAACUUUAAAUGUUGUUAUUUUCACUGGAAACUUGAUUGUAAAUCUCAAGAAUGAUCUCUUUUAAGAAGAACGGAACUCUGGGUGGUCUUUUUGUCAUAGUGGUUAUUUUAGUGUUGUUUGAAACUGCAGUUGCUGCAAAUGCUAAAGUUUUUCAUCACAAACCGAAGAUUGCAGAUGAGCAACAUCCCACAUGCAAGACAUCUGACAUGUUACACAGCGAUAUCGUUACAAAUGGAAUCUUGCAUAGAAAACGUGCUAAUUUUACUUUUCUUGGUCCUGUUCAAAAUAUGAAAGAAUGCCUGGGCCUCUGCUGUAUGGAUAAAAAAUGUGAACUAGCUUAUCUUGUGAACAAUACAAAAUGUUUUUCAACACAAUGUGAAGAUUCUGAAAACUGUAAAAUCGAAAACAACGAAAAGAAAGGUCGAUCUAACGAUGUUCAAAUGUCAUUGAUGGUUAGAAACGAUGAAAAUAGGAAAGUUUACGUCACUGCCUACGUCAUCAUGGCGAUGGCGAUGUUUGGCGCUGCACUUUCUGGGACUGUCUGGAUUGCAUAUGUAUUUGUCAAGAAAUACAGAGAAAAGAAAGAGGACGAUGAAGAACGAGAAAAGCUGUCGAAAGAACCACAGGUGUACUAAAAAGACAACUGCUUAUAAAGAGUCAACAGAAUUUAAUAAUUGAAUAAGAAUUUGUACGCUAUAUAGCUAUUGUACCUGUUCUUAACCGUUAACAACUAAAAUAUAACCGUAGCUCCUCAUGCAGUAAAACUGUCAUUUCUUGAAUCAUAAAACUAAAAACGUUCAGAAAGAAUAAAACAUAUAUAAAUAUAAAUUGUUAACAAAUUA